CAACCGAUAGUAUAUUCAACCCAAAAAUUCCAUUAUUCCAUUAAUCAAACCAACCCUGCCAUGUUGCGAAUGCAGCUUCGGCGAGUAGCGGCCUCGGCGCGUCGCUGGGGCACACAUCCAUCCGCUCCAGCCGUUAGCACCACGCCGUUUACUGUAGCAGUUAAAAGCACUCGCCCUGCGCUAGCUCGUAGCUUUCUGCUGCCAGUCACAGCCGCCCGGAGCUUCUCGACGUCUUCCAGCAGCAUCUUCGACCUGGCGCAGGCGCUUAAGGCCAAGGAAACGUCCACCGACGACCGCGUUGCUGCGAUCGAUGCACUGGGGCUGAGUGAUUCAUUGGAUAAGACAGUCAAGGAGCGUAUUGCACUUGAGAUUGUGGAUAGCAACGCGCUGGAGGCGCUAUUGAGCUUUCUGCAAGACAGCGACACCAUUGCCUCGUCCGAUUUACUAGUGCCCGCCUUCCUGGCACUUAUCCGCCUGUCGACUGACCCGCUGCUUGCUCAAGAACUCCUGAGACUGGAUUCACCGAAGAUCCUGACCCCAUUUUUGACCCAGACGGACCCACGACUGCAGGCGGCUGCUUGCCUCACGUUAGGCAACUUGGCGCUCGAGCCGACUGCUGCGGAUGCGGUAUCUUCUCCUGACGUUGUGAGCGCAGCCUUGAGCGUGCUGACGAACUCGCAUGAAGCUAUUAAACGAGCUGGCUGCACUUGUGUGGCUAACGUCGCUAGUAGUGCUCAAGGCCGUCGUCAGAUCAUUGACCAGGACGGCGUGCUGCGCAUGGGUGAGCUGCUUGAAGACGAGUACAGCGACCCACUCCGCAGCGCAUCAGCCUUUGCGUUAGGAAACAUCCUCUCCGGACGGGACAUUGAUGCGCAGGACUUGCUGCGUGAGAGUGGUGCGUUGCCGGCUCUUGUGCUGUUGCUGUCACCGGUAUUCGCCGAGGACGUCAACAGCAGCGCUGCUUGGGCUGUGCAUCACGGUGUGCACCUUAAUGCAGCGAGCCAGUCGCUUGUGGCUGAGGCUGGAGGACUGGCGCUGCUGGUGCAACAUCUUGCCAGUGGAGCAUUGGAGUCGCUGCAGACCAACGCGUUGUUGGGUCUGGAGAGCGCUGUGAUUUCCAACGACGAAAACUUGGACUGGUGUCGUGACAACGGCGUUCUUGAGGCCCUCCAACGUGUCCAGGAUACGGAUGGCGACGCCCUCAAUACCAAUGCUAAGCAGGCUCUAGCCUCUCUGCUAGAACAACUGAAGUAGAACAACAUGAAACCAGGCUUUUGCUACCUAUUUUGUGUAUUUAAGACAGCUGAAAACGCCUAAGGAGGGAACAUUUUGAAUUGUCUGUCAGUACUUACUCAUUGCUGCU